AUGGCGGCCGCCUCCCUCGCGCGCCUCUCCCGCCGCGCCACCACGUCCGCUGCCGCCGCGGCGCCAUCCCUCCGGCGCCUCCUCUCGGCCACCUCCACCGCCCCCGCCGCGGCAUCCGCCCCGCCGCCGCCCCCCAGCGCGGCCGCCGCCGCGGCCGUGGGCGCGGAUCGGGUGCGGUGGGACUACCGCGGGCAGCGGCAGCUCGUGCCGCUGGGACAGUGGAUGCCCAAGGUGGCCGUGGACGCGUACGUCGCUCCCGAGGCCGUGCUCGCCGGCCAGGUCACCGUCCACGACGGCGCCUCCGUCUGGAGCGGCGCCGUCCUGCGUGGGGACCUCAACAAGAUCACGCUCGGCUUCUGCGCCAGCGUCCAGGAGCGAUGCGUCCUCCAUGCCGCAUGGGCGGCGCCCACAGGGCUUCCAGCUGAGACACUUGUCGAUCGGUAUGUGACAGUGGGUGCCUACUGUCUGCUGCGCUCUUGCACCAUCGAGCCUGAGUGCAUCAUUGGCCAGCACUCUAUCCUCAUGGAAGGUUCGCUGGUCGAGACCAACUCAAUCCUUGAAGCUGGCUCUGUAUUGGCCCCAGGAAGGCGGAUUCCGACCGGUGAACUCUGGGCUGGAAGCCCAGCUAGGUUUGUCCGGAAGCUGACCAAUGAGGAGAUCAUGGAGAUUCCAAAGCUCGCAACAGCCAUCAACGAUCUGAUGCAAAGCCAUUUCUCGGAGUUCCUUCCUUACUCUAACGCUUAUUUGGAGGUAGAGAAGUUGAAGAAGUCGUUCUCGAUCCCCCUGUAA